UGAAAAGUGGAAAUUCAAAAUUCAAAAUCACAAAAUUGUCCCUUAAACCCUUACAAAAGAACCGCUUCUUCUUCUGUUCAUCUCUCCCACUCUCACUUUUAAUUUUUUGCCCUAAAACCCUCGCUACCGCCGUGGUGGCCGCCGAAGAAGGAGAGUAGAGAGCGCAAUCGAGUCUUCAUCUUCGACUCACCAUGAAGCUCGUCAGGUUUUUAAUGAAGUUGAACAAUGAAACCGUGUCAAUUGAGCUCAAGAAUGGCACUAUUGUUCAUGGCACCAUUACAGGUGUUGAUAUCAGUAUGAACACACAUUUGAAAACAGUUAAACUAACUCUGAAAGGGAAAAAUCCAGUCACUCUAGAUCAUCUCAGUGUGAGGGGUAACAACAUCCGUUACUAUAUUCUUCCUGACAGCUUGAAUCUUGAGACCUUGCUGGUGGAAGAGACACCCAAGAUCAAACCCAAGAAGCCAACUGCUGGCAAACCUUUGGGACGUGGACGAGGAAGGGGCCGUGGCCGUGGUCGUGGUCGUGGUGGUGGCCGUUGAUUUGCACCUUUCUUCAUUUUUGUGGCAUGUGGUUGUAAGCUAUGCAGCAAGAAUUUCUGGGUGGUUUUAGGAACUUCUACGGAGCAUAUUUUUUAUUCCUGCUAUUUUCUUGCAAGAGCUUAUCAUGCUUUAGUGUACAACCAUCUUCCUUCUGAAACUGAUGUAACAUGAAUUACCUAUCUGCUAUUGCCUUAUACUAGUUGUUAAUGGGGAUCUAUUCAUUGAGCAGUAUGACAAAUCGCCCACGACUUUGGUCAUACAUAACACAGUAAAUAGGCCCAAGAGUUGCCUAAUGAGUUUGAACUAGAUGAUGGAUUUCCUGAUGGCACAUAUUGUGUUAUUUAUUUAUUUACAUGUAUGAAUGGUAUUUCUUAAACGUCUUAUUUUUGUUUGCU